UGUUAUUAAGUUUAUACUUAACUAAUAAACAACAUGCCUGCCAUUACUAUCGGUCAACAUCUUAUCAACCGUCUUAAGGAAGUUGGUAUUGACACCAUCUUCGGUGUUCCUGGUGAUUUCAACAUGCCUUUGUUGGAUAUCAUUGAAGAAGAUAAGGAACUCACCUGGGGUAACAAUGCUAACGAAUUGAACGCCUCUUAUGCUGCUGAUGGUUAUGCCCGUAUUCGUGGUGCUGGUGCUGUUGUUACCACUUUCGGUGUCGGUGAACUUUCUGCUGUCAACGGUCUUGCUGGUGCUUACUCUGAAAUGCUCCCUGUUAUCCACAUUGUUGGUACUCCCAACACCAAGUCUCAAGCUUCUGGUGCUAUGCUCCACCACUCUCUUGGUGAUGGUAACUUUGACGUUUUCCACCAAAUGUCUGCCAUGAUCUCUUGUGCUUCUUCUCACUUGAAGAAGAACAACGCUAUCACUGAAAUUGAUCGUGUUAUCUCCACUGCCGUCCGCUCCAAGCGUACUGGUUACAUUGGUCUCCCCAUUGAUCUUAUCCACUACGAAGUCAACGUUCCCGAACUUCCUCCUCUUUCUCUUGAAAUCCCCAAGAACCCCGUUCAAACUCAAGAACUCGCCCUCAAGGUCUGUCUUGAAGCCAUCUCCAAGGCCAAGCACCCCGUCAUCGUUGUUGAUGGUUGUGUCCUCCGUCACCACGCUGAAAAGAUCACUGAAGACUUCAUCAAGCGUUCUGGUUUCCCUACCUACGUUGCCCCCAUGGGUAAGGGUGCUGUUGAUGAAACUCUCCCUCAAUACCGUGGUUGUUACUCUGGUUGUGUCUCUCUUGAUGCCAUCAACGAAGAAAUUGAAAAGGCUGAUUUGUUCAUUGAAAUCGGUUCUAUCAAGUCUGACUUCAACACUGGUAACUUCUCUUAUGCUCUUGACCCCACCAAGACCAUCACCCUUCACUCCUUCGCCACCAUCGUCUUCUGUGCUGAAUACCAAAAGGUCUCCAUGUUGGAAUUCCUUCCUCUCUUGACCGCUGCUCUCCCCAAGGAACCCCGUGUCUUCAACCUCGGUCCUCGUCACCAACCUCUUGCCAUCCAAGAAGGUACUGAAAUCACUCACAACUACCUCUGGAACAAGGUCCCCGAAUUCAUUGAUGAAAACGCCAUCAUCUGUGGUGAAACUGGUACCUCCGAAUUCGCCACCUUGAACUUGAACGGUCCUAAGGGUGCCUCUUACAUCACUCAAUUCCUCUGGGGUUCCAUCGGUUUCUCCGUUGGUGCUGCUCUCGGUGCUGCUAUCGCUGACCGUAAGCGUCGUCUCUACCUCUUCGUCGGUGAUGGUUCCUUCCAACUCACUGCUCAAGAAAUCUCUGUCAUGCUCCACCACGGUCUUACCCCCGUUGUCUUCCUCUUGAAUAACGAUGGUUACACUAUCGAAAAGCUCAUUCACGGUCCUGAUAUGGCUUACAACAACUUCCAAAUGUGGAACUACAACAAGGCCCUCGACUUCUUCGGUGCUCACCUCGAACGUAACACCAAGGCUGGUUGCUCCAAGGUCGGUUUCGAAGGUAAGGUCUCCACUCGUGCUGAAUUCGAAGCUGUCAUGAAGGAUAUCCAAGCCCAACCCGACAAGAUGCACUUUGUCGAACUUGUCAUGCCCCGUAUGGAUGCUCCUCGUGAACUCGUCCGUCUUGUUGAAAAGUCUGAAAACCGUUAAAUUGGAUUUUCUCCCUUUCUUUAAGAAUUCAUUUUCUUUAUUUUUAUUUUAAUUUCUUUAUGUUAUAAUACUUUUUUUUUGAGCAUAUUAUUCCAUUAUUAUCAUUUUUAUCAUUUCUUUAUAGAUAUACUCAUUUUUCAUAUACGAAGAAAAUUUUGUAAUAAAAUUACAUAAUUUGUUUUAAUUCU